AUGAACCAUCAAGACCGAAUUGCGAUCAAUUGUUCCGUGGAGAAAUUAAUUUCCAUGACAAAGUACUGUGUUUUACGUGAUGAGUGCUUGAAUAAAGGCAUGAUGUCGCAUUUGAUGGUUUCUAGAAUCGAGGAAGUGGCGCAAGAUGAAACAUCGAGGCAUAAGAAGUUGUUCGACAAAAUCACCAAACGGGGCCCGAAAGCCUUCAAUACUUUGCUGGACAUAUGCCAACGGCAUUUCCCCAGCGCCUACGUAAUGCUGAAUCCAGCAUCGAACGACAACCAAAUGCAUUCUACUCACAACACUAAGCGUCAGCGGUCUAUCAGUUUCAACGUCCUUUCGAGACCGAAUCCGUUGCGUAGCCAGGGGGAUGUGGAGGAUGGUAAGAAUAACAAUCUUGCCAAUAGCACACUCGCAGAGGAGAAUAAGUGCACGUUGGAGGUGUAUCCGGACACACUUCCGGAUUCCUUCACGGUGACCCUGACCACUGGGCCUGUUCAAACACACCCUAAGGUGGCACCGUAUUCUAUGAAAAGCCGUAAUCGAGGAGUGGUCUUCAUCGUGAAUGUGAUCGACUUCGUCAAAAAUGUUCACCCCAAACGCAACGGAGCCGAUAUCGAUGGGCGAAAUCUGAUUUCCAUUUUCCAGCAGCUUGGUUUCGUGGUGUUUUACUACGAAAAUAUUACACGAUCGGAUCUUGACGAAUUAUUGGUUCAGUUGAAGGAAUCCGAAUAUUUGUCUUGUGAUUGCUUCGCUUUCUACAUUCUUUCUCAUGGCGACCGCAAAAAUGGCUGUGAUUACAUUUUCCUACACGAUAAUUCGAUACUUUUGGUCGAGGAUCUUCUGACUGACUUUAACACUGUGAAUUGUGCCCGAUUGGUCGGCAAACCAAAAAUUUUCUUUAUUUCCACUUGCCGUGGAAUGCAACCGGAUCUUGGUUCUUAUCGGCUUUCAACCAAUACGGAGCGUGAUGGUAUAAACAUAAAGCCUUUGCCAACAAACAUCGGAACUUUUUGCGACAUGCUUGUCUGCUACGCUACAGUGCCGGGUUUUGCUGCCCAUCGUGACACGAAUACUGGUUCCUGGUUUGUGGAAAGCAUGUGCAAGAUCUGGGCCGAACAUGCACAUGACACCGACGUUGAAACACUGAUGAAACUGGUGGGCGAAUACGCGUCUACGUAUCGCACCGAAUCGUCGAGUCUACAAACCAUCUGCACUGAACAAAGAGGAUUUUUCAGACAUCUUUAUCUGAACCCAGGCUAUUAUGAGCAUCCGGAGGUUGUUGUAGAAGUAGCAUUGAGCGAGUAAUGGCUGCCCUGCUGGCGUUUAUCUCUUUUUUCCAUCUAAUUGUAUUCGAAUGGUGCCGACAUCGGGCGAAUAUAGAAUUUAUUUUGUGCCUUCAUUGGCGAUAAUU